CGUACACAGCCUUUUUUGUUAGCGGCCAUAUUUGUCAACCUCGUGGGUCCGAAACGACCGAAAAAAACACAUUUUACAAUGAAUCCAGAAAAACUGAAGCAACUUCAAGAACAAGUGAGGAUUGGUGGAAAGGGAACUGCCCGAAGGAAGAAGAAGGUUGUCCACAGAACUGCUACCACAGAUGGUAAAAAAGUACAGACCACAUUAAAGAAACUUUCUGUUAGCAAUAUACCAGGCAUUGAAGAGGUUAAUAUGAUUAAAGAAGAUGGUAUGGUUAUUCAUUUUAACAAUCCAAAAGUGCAAGCAUCAUUAGCAGCCAACACAUUUGCCAUUACAGGCCAGGCUGAAAAUAAACAAAUAGCAGAAAUGUUACCCGGAAUCCUGAACCAGCUAGGAGCAGAAUCUUUAAGUAGUCUUAAAAAACUUGCUUCUACUGUUGCUGGAGGUUUUACAGCAGGUGGUAGUGACCGACCGUCUACAGAAGAUAUUGACGAUGAUGAUGAUGGCGUGCCAGAUUUGGUGGAAAAUUUUGAUGAAACUUCUAAAGGAGAAUAAUCUAGGAACAAACUUUUUGUCAUGUUAUCUUAUCAUGUGUAAACUUUGCUUCGAACAUAUAGUUUGUAUGACAGUGUGUGAUAAAAGUCGUCAAAUGACCCUGCCGCGUAACUGCCUAUUGGUGGUGUAUACACUAAGUUGUCUGAAAUUCAUUUCACACCUGCAAUGGAGGCAACUCAAUUUUGUAAAACAAACAUUUAGCAUUUUCUCUAUUGCAAGUGUAAAUAAAAACAUUUUCUACA